GAUUUUCACGUGUCACCGAGGGUCCAUUUUAACAGAUGCCGACGAUUUGAGGCUCGGGAAGCAUAAGUAAUCAGCCCCUUUUGCUUGGCGGUUCUGAUGGCCCGCUUGACGCGAGAGCCCAAAUGCCCCAGAGCGCCGGCCAAUCUAUCAUCAUUGCCUCCCGCAACGACAUAGGAAGCCGCCGCCAUGGCAGCGCUCAGCAAACUCGCUUCGGCACUGGGUUCGAGUAUAUUCUCUAGCCUACCGACGUGGAACAUGAUCUUUAAACUUGUCUUCUUAUUACUUGCGCUAGUGAACAUCAAGUCUAUUCCAUUAACAUGGCAUUUCCGUUUCUACCGCUCUUUAUACUUCCAUCUACUCCGCCGCAAGAAAGCGCUACCCGGACGCGCGGACCUGUUCUCCCCGAUAACUACCACCUCGAGAUCCCCGCUGUACGAAUGUGAUCUAAACCUGCACAAGUCCAACAGCACAUACUUCAGUGACCUAGACAUCGCAAGAACCCACCUCGUCUGCCACUUGAUCAAGAAAUCCCUGUCUAUCCGCCGCAAGAGCAAGAAGCAACUGUACGUGGCGCUCGCCGGAGUCUCAGCGCUCUUCCGUCGGGAGAUCAAGCCAUUCGAAAAGUAUGAGGUCGUUACACGACUACUCUCUUGGGACACAAAAUGGGUGUUCGUCGUCAGUCACUUCGUCGCGCUGAAGAAGGGCCCCGACGGGAAGAGGAAGAUUUUCGCUACUUGCAUUAGCAAGUACGUGUUCAAGCAGGGUCGUGUCACGGUUCCUCCCGAAGAGGUCCUUAGGGAAUCCGGGCUGCUACCGGAGAGGCCGGUUGGCGCUGAGGAGCUGACCCCAGCGGUUUCGGGAACGGCGUCCCCCAGGGAUGACGAGCUGGUGGAGAUUUCUGGGAAGGCGAUUGCCACGGCUGAGGCUGUUGGUGGCACUGACGGGGAUGCGCUGAUGAGAGAUUUAGACCGCUCAUUGACGCAGAAGGGUGAAGGUGAUGAGUAUUGGACUUGGGAACGUAUUGAGGCGGAGAGGAAGAGGGGAUGUGGGAUUGCGAAAUAUAUGAUUGGGUUGGACCCGUUGGAUAAUGAACUCAGGGAUGGAACAGAGGAAGGGUUGGUGCAUAUUGGGAACUGGUACUAGACAUUUUCUGGGGCUGUAUAUCGGGGGCGGGGAGCUCAGCUUGCUACUUUUAGAUUUAGAAUGGAUACCGAUCUAUUGUUUGUCAA